AGAGAGAGCGCAGCGGGAGCGCGAGCUUUUCCUUUGCCUUUCCCGUCGAAGAGCAUAAAGGAAGAUCGAGCUUUUCAUAAACCUAGACCAGUAAAGAUAAUUUAGUGUGGACCACCAAAGGCGAAUAAUUAAAGAAGUAACACACGAAAAUGGCUACGCGAAAGAAUAAGUCCGGUCCCGGCAAUAAAGAGUGGCUCCGAAAUGUGGACACGUCGCCACUGCCGACCAUUCCACACAGGAAACUGCGGGAGACCGGGCCGACUGGUAAGUGCCACAAGGAUCAUAUUUUUCGAUGGUGCUGUCAAUUAAGUAUAAUUUCAGAGUCAUGUGUAUGAAAAGAGUCAUCGUUUCCCUGAUGCUGAUCUAUUCCGGACUAUAAUUUGUUCGGAAAAAGAACAAGCCACAAAAUCAAAAUGCAGGCACCGACAUUACCUUCGGCACCCGGAAACGGCCGUUGGGGACAAACAAGACAAGUAAAGGCAAGCCCGAUGGCUUGAUGUCAACCUACACCUCCAGUGGGUCGAAUACCGUGAAGUAUAACGAUGCGGGCCUUAUGGAAUCUGCGCAUUACGCCCAGCCGCCGACGAACGGCAUCGCGGGGCCGCCGAAAAACGGGAAUGGGGGACCACCUGCGGCAAGCCCGGUCUCCAGUGUCGCUACGCCGGCACCAGGGAAUAAUUUGAGCCCACCGAGGGUGACAUCCUCGGACGAAGGCACCAGUCCAGUGGACGGUCCCGCGGAGUCGGAGAGCCGUAGCGAAAACGCACGGGGGAGCAGCGCCUCGGAAAGGAGCCCCGUCGGGGCAGUAAACUUCGCGAGUCACCCAGUAGCCCCGAAAAACCCGGUGUCGGUCCAGCCUGGCAUGAACAUGAAUAUCUUGGCACAGGAUGAAGUGCCAUAUAGAUUGCGCUGCAUGGGAGACCCAAGCAGGUAGCUUCACACAACUCAUUGAUUUGCUCCAUAAUUCCAAUUCAUUAGAGUCGAUGUCGAAGUCGAUGCUUUUUUUCUAUCACUAUCCUGCACAACGAACUGCGAACAGCGGUGUCGGUGUGGAUGUUGUAUUUACUUACUUACAAUACAUAUCCAUUUUGCUGUUGGGAAAACCAAACUCACAGGACGCAUCGCAUUCGCACUACUACCUUCCUGGGCCGUUCGAGGAAGAAGCUCCGGCCCACGGACUUGUUACUGGAAGCACAGGACGUCUCGAAGAUCCACUGCUCCAUCACGACAAUCGGUAAUGCCAUCGCGGGCUACAAGCUCAGUGUAGUCGUUGCGGAAUCUGCGAAAGCUCCCGUCAGUGUGAACGGGGCAAAGCUUAGGGAGAAGGGAAAGCCAUACCCACUCAAGGUCUGAGUCUGACAGAUGAUCAUCUUGGAUUUUAUUCACUUUAAUAGUCAGGUGAUGAAAAUCAAAAUGAUAGACAAGCGCACGAGCGUCUUUAUAUCUAAAUGAAUGUUGCAGUUGUACUUGAAUGUGUUUGUGUAGACGCUUUCUUUAUCUUUCCCUACCCCUGGUUGCAUCUAAGUGGCAAGAACUAGGAGAUCUGCUCAGCUUGAAAAAACAGGUGGGCGAUGUGCUUCUCGUCGGUUUGCGUGAGAUGUGGAAGUUGGAGCGCAACGCCAUCGAGGAGACCGCGGUCAAACCGGUCGUCGAUGAGCUUGAGCUCUACGAGGCCCACAACGAGUUCCUGCAACUAGCCAUUUCUGACGUUGAAACCUACAGAAAUGUACGAUACUUUUGUCAUGUGUUUGCAAUGCAAAAUGUAGGCAAGUGUACCUUUAUUGUUGCUUUCGGCAUUGAAGUUCAAGAUAAAUCCAUCUGCUUAGUAUGAGGAGCAUUAGCAUUUACUAAACCUCGCAGAUCUGCCGUUGUUCCGCCUGGAUGGAUUUUAUCGCAAUCAUCGUCGAGCUUUCCGAGAAGGAGCAGGCGCUGCAACGGCGGCGCAACAGUAAGCACCAGCAGUCGAUGCGAGAGCACAGCAUGAGCAGCUCAUACGCAAAUACAACGACCACCAUGAUGGGGGGUAGUGCGAACGAGUCCGGUUCGUUUUUCCGACGGACGGAUAACACGUUGAUCACGCUGGAGACCGACCCUUCGAAUGCGAACAUGACCGCGGGCGGAAACGGUUUUUACGCAACCGGGACCAACAACAGUACGAACAACGACAAACCCGGCGGCUGGAGGAACACGAACGUCAACGUGAAUCGCAGAAGUACGGACAACGAAAACACGAACUUGACGAAUACGUUCUCCUCGAACUCCACCAAUACGAAAACGCAGCAGGAGUUCCAGAAAACCCUGUCCACGUUCGGGACCACAAACUCCACCACGAACGAGGAAAAUCAUAACGAGGAACAGCCAACACAGGAACAAAUCAACCCCGAGGAGCAGCCGACGAUGGAAAAUUACUUCCCCUCCGGGUUCGGUGAGGUCAACGGGCGACCGCCGGCGGGCGAAAUGCCGUCCAGGGAGCAGCCACAGCACCAGUCUGGCUCACAGGUGGAGAACGAGUUCCCCAGCUUCACCGAGGUAUUCACUGCAAAACGAUAUCGUGCUCGUUGUACUUUUAAAAAAACUUUAAUCAUGCAUAAUUAUACGGAGCUACUGGUACUGCCUUCCGUAUCCGUUCCUCUUCUACUUACGCGUACCUAAAAAAACCUGCAUGGCACAUUUCUUUGAUUUUUCAGGUUGAAAAAAAUUAUCUAUUAUGCAAAAAUAUACCAUUAGAUUUAGAGUGUAACAUAGUAAUGGUGCGAUAUUCUUGCAAUGCAUACAAGGCCGCAAACACGGAUUUCGACCACAACACCGAAGUGGACGACGGGGCGGGAACCAUGGUGGAACACCCAAGGUGUGCGGACCUGAUAGAAGUGCUGGACGAGGUACUCGAGAGGAUCUUUCCUUUUCUCACGGUGGCGUAAUCACGUUGUCAUGUAAUGUUGGAAAAAAGAUAGGUUUUUUUCCCUGAAGUUGUUGAAAGAAAGUGAAACCGCGACUGAGCACAAAAGAAAAACAACACAAAACCAGGUCGGGCACGUUCUGUACACCUUCGGUCCGCUCUCUUCUUUCGAGGAAAUGACUGACUUUGACCUGGACGAGAUUCGAGAGGUGCUCGCACCCGGGCUCUUUCUCCGCAUACACUUGUGCUUUUUUCCGCCCCUUGUCACUGCCUGCGCCGAAUGGCUGGACCAGGGCACGCUGAAAGCGAUGCAAAGCCUGGUCGGCGGGGGUGACCCGAGAAGUCUGGAACGGCAGGCGCUGAUGGGCUAGGUUGGCUCUGGAGUGGAUGUGGGAAGUAAACGAAACAAGUGACUAGAUUUGGUUGAAGACAUCUCUGUACAGUAGAACCAAACUGUCGCAUCUACUAGGUACAACGAACUUGUGCCUAUCUUUAAUUCAAGAAAUUUGGAUCACUCCGUUCUGUAGCUUUAAUCCUUACAACUUGUAAAAAUCUGGCAAUGGAAAUAAUAUGCUAUCUAUCAUUCACCUUUUUGGCAACAAUUCAAUGUCUCGUAGGCGGUCGGAAUUAUAUCACCGGCAGGACGAACUCGAAGUCGCACAGUGGAACUUUUACUUGUAUGAUUUACUAGCAAGAACGGAACUUAUCUCCUCAACGUGUACAUAUCUGUUAUCAAUUUGCAGCUAUUUUUCUCCUCGGAAAUUAAGAGAGGCCCAAGAUGAUGAAGCAGAAUGUGGGUCCUGAGU